GGCGCACAAUAUCAAUUCCAAAUUUUCAUUUUGAACAGGCUCUGAAGAGAGUGAAAGGAAGAAGAGGUAGAAAUGGAGUUUUGGCCGGAGUUUCUUGCGAGCAGCACCGGAAAAGAGUUUGUAGCAGGAGGGUUUGGAGGCACUGCCGGAAUAAUCUCCGGUUACCCUUUAGACACUCUCCGUGUGAUGCAGCAGAACUCCUUCAACACCGCCUCCGCCUUCAGCAUCCUCAGAAAUGUGGUGGCCAAUGAAGGACCAACCGCUCUCUACCGCGGCAUGGCGGCACCUUUGGCCUCUGUUACCUUUCAGAAUGCUAUGGUUUUCCAAAUUUACGCAAUUCUUUCAAGGGCAUUUAGUUCGUCCGAUUUGGUUAACGAUCCUCCUUCUUACAAGGGUGUUGCUUUAGGAGGAUUUUGUAGCGGUGCCAUACAGAGUAUGAUACUAUCCCCUGUUGAGUUAGUUAAAAUUCGGCUUCAGUUGCAGAACACAGGUCAAUCCAUAGAAACCCGAAAAGGUCCUAUGAAGGUGGCAAAAAACAUAUGGAAAAUAGAGGGUCUUCGUGGCAUGUACCGGGGACUUGGGAUCACCAUGCUAAGAGAUGCACCAGCACAUGGUCUCUACUUUUGGACAUAUGAAUAUGCAAGGGAGAAGCUUCACCCUGGUUGUAGAAGAAGUUGUGAAGAGAGCCUGAAUACUAUGCUGGUAUCAGGAGGAUUAGCUGGGGUGGUGAGUUGGGUUUUGAGCUACCCUUUAGACGUUAUAAAAACAAGAUUGCAGGCUCAAACACUUUUUUCGCAGAAAUACAGAGGCAUUUUGGAUUGCCUUAGGAAGAGUGUUAGAGAAGAAGGAUAUGAGGUGCUAUGGAGGGGUUUAGGAACUGCAGUUGCUAGAGCUUUUGUGGUGAACGGUGCUAUAUUUUCUGCAUAUGAGAUCACUCUGAGGUGUCUGUUUGAUAAAUAACAACUGAAGCAUUUUGCUGCAAGUUUUGAUGGAGACAUAACAACCACAUACCAUAUUCGAGUAGCAGCUGUCUUCAAAAUUGACAUUCAGAUUUUAUGAUUGAUACUUUCUAUAA